AUAGUUCAGAAAAUAAUAAAAUAUACCAUGAUGAAAUCUUUAAUAAUAGAACUUAUCAAACCUCUGAUGAAAUUUGUUGUAAUAAAAUUUACUCUAAUGAAAUUUGCUAUAAUAAAGUUUCAAGUGAAAAUAUUAUCAUUAUUGAUUCUAGUAAAGAUGAAGAUAAUAAUAUUAAUCAGGAUAUUUUGUUAAAGAUGAUAAAGAAGUUCUUAUUUUUACAACAAAUUAAUAAAAAU